CACCGCCGAUAUGAUCGAUUAAUAAAUUCAACACUCAACGUAUAUAUAUAUAUCGACCCCUGGAUCCUGGACGGACAGUCAGAAUCGAAGAAGACCAAUGUCCGUACCAAGGCGAAGACAGUGGCGAAGUAGGGUAUCAUCUGACCAUUCGUACAAGCUGAUCGACAUUGACAUUGGACCUUGGGCGCAUGGAAUUAGCGUCAGAGGAUGCCUAGUUUCAGGACGUCGUCGGUCGGAGGAGCGUGCGCCAGGACUUUCAUAUCGACGCGCAAAUACAAGCUCGCAGCUGGAAGAAACGAGUAACAGUCGUGGCUCGACAGUGCGCGGGAAACCUUCGCUCUGAUCAACAUCAUCCACGAGCACCAUCCACGAGAUGAGAAAUGAAGCUCUACAAUAUUGACGGCAGGUUACGAGCUCGUGAAAAUGCUACGCAAAAUACUAAAACCGAAGCUUUCGGCCCCGUUGGAUCGAUCCUCUACCCUUCGAUCGGCGCGGCUGCUGCGAUUUUACUUCUGGCCAUCGUCGGUACGGUCUUCGGCUUGCGCCGAAGACAAAAACAGCUUUCGCCGGGUCCCAGCAGCUGCGAAGGGAUAGUCGUCUACCCCUCGCAGGGACCGGCGCCAACCUUCGUCACGAAGGACGUAGUUUUCAACCUGCCGAUACUUCGAUCCGCGAAUUCGACCGGGGACAUAUUCUCCGACCUCGACCCGGAGGACCUACCGAUGUCCAUGGAGAGGCUCCAACCCCGUGCGAUACGGUCGAAUUCUUUCGGAAGUUACGGGCUCGGAGGGUCGCUGGGGUAUCUGGAACCGGACCUUUACAGAACAAUGCCAUCGGAAGAUCCGUACCCCGAAGGUCACAUAGGUCGUAUUUGGGUGAAGUUGAGUCACGAGUCAGAAGCCGAGCAAGUUACGGUGACGCUUUUGAAGGCCAGAAAUCUUCCCUCGCGUCCCGGAGGAAGCUGCGAUCCAAUCGUCAGACUUCAUCUCACGCCCGGUGAUCGUCGGCACGUUCAAUCCCGGCAAAAAAGAAGAGAAUGCAACCCAAAGUUUGACGAAACGUUCGUGUUACAGGUGCCGAACGGUGAUUUGACCGGGAAAACUUUGAGAAUUUCGGUGAUCGACGGUGGACGUCCCAAGCGAAAUUCUACGAUCGGUUACGCGGCUUUGGCUUUGGAUGGAUUACUCCCAGAUGGUGAGCCGAGGAUCUUUCAAUUAGAUCUGGACAAAGAACCGCCGGAUCACAGUGCUCGCGGUGAAGUUCUCCUUUCGCUUCAAUACAACGAUCAUUCCGGCCGUUUGACUUUGACGGUAAUGGAAGCGAAAGGCCUGAGGCAAGGAGUCGUCGAAGUUUGCGCCAGAGCAACGCUUUCCAAACAUUGCAAGCCCCUGAAAACGAGAAGAACCGCGCUCGCCAGACCCAGGCAGGGGACUUGGCCGUUCAGCGAAGCCCUCCACUUCCGGCUGAGCGGUCCGGACGCGAGCCUCACGGGCUCACUGGCUGUGAGUCUUUUGGCACGCGGAACGAAAGAAAGGGCUUUGGGUCGGGUUGUUUUAGGACCAUACAUGUUCGCCAGAGGCCCUGCGCUCGAGCAUUGGACCGCAGCGUUUUCAAGACCACGGGAACCAACGCAAAGGUGGCACACACUCUCCUAAAGGAUUUACUACGACCAAAAUUAUAUUUAAAAAGUCCAAUCACCGUCACGUAGAGUACCAAAAUAAUUCUAUGUACGUACGUAUAUACUAGUAUGAAAAAACUGUUAGCAAUAGUUCAAACUGAUCUCAAUUUUUGCUUCUCUGUUUUUUUUUUUU